CAUAAAGAAGAAGAAAACACUUGUUUGAUAAUUUACGUUUUGAAAAGUUCGCUUUGUAAAUAAAUACAUUUAAUAUAUUUAUAAUCAAUUACUAGUUACUUAAACAGAGUAUGUACGUUGUUGAACCAAUGUCUUGGAAAAAAGAAAGAUUGAGCAUUGAUGAGGAGGAACAGGACAUUUUCGAAGCUGCAAACUCGAAUCUGGAAAAUGCAAAUACCGAACAAAACACAGAAGAAUUGCCAAAUGAACCAUUGGCAUAUCUACAAGGUUUAAAUUCGGGCAACUUGAUGCAGUUCAGUCAGCAAUCCGUACUGCGUGAUAUGAUGCUGCAAGAUAUCAAAACACAGAUCAAUGCAUUGCCAAAGCUUGAAAAUCACAAUAAAGGAGAUUAUUGUUUGAGCUUGAUUUUGGAGGAGCCGCCCAGGUCGCAUUGGAUGUUCUCGGUGCCGUUGAACAAGUUGUAUAUUCGUAUGAAUAAGACCUUCAAUAUAGAUGUGAAAUUCAAAAUCAAGAUGCCUUUUCAACCGCUCAAUCUAAGAGCCUUUAUCUGCUUCGUUAAAGAUGUCAGUGAACCUGUGUUGCGUUGUCAGAAUCAUCUAAGCACAGAUCCAAUCAAGGACGAUAUGAGCAAGCGAAGCAGUCUUCUACGCUGUGCUAACCCAAAUUCAACCUAUUUCGGAACAGAUCAGGGAAAGAGUAUUAUAGAGCGUUACUCUGUUCUAGUGCCUUUAAAUAUGAGUCAUUCCAGCCAUCAAGGCGGUGGAUAUGUGCGACAAACCCUUGCCUUCAAUUUCGCCUGCCAAAAUUCAUGCUUUGGCCGCAAAGAAACUUGUUUGCUCUUUUGUUUGGAAAACGUAAAUGGCGAUAUACUAGGCCAGCAGGUGUUGUAUGUUAAGAUUUGCUCGUGCCCAAAGCGUGAUCGCAAUGAAGAUGAACGCAAGUUGGGGAGCAACAAGCGCAAGGAAGCGUCGUGUGCCUCGGACGAUGAAGAAGUCGACGAGGAACGUGGCAAAAAGACGCGUCGACGCACUCUUCAACGCGACGUCAAAGAAGAGAAUGAAAGCAAUGAUAGCUGCGAUACUCAGGCUUUUCCCUCAGACUGGAAUGUUUCACGAACUGAUGAUGGCAAUUAUCGUCUAGUUAUGAAGUGUUCAAAGAAGGAUAUGCUAGUGGAGAGCAUCGAGGGUAUGAUUGAGAAGACAGCAGCCGCAAUGUUACGAAGUCCACAGAAUGUUAAACUACGUCAACAUGCCAAUCAUUUGUUGAAUCUUAAAAAAUGCGCACUGAAGCUAUCAUAAUUUUCUAAAUGAACACAAAAAUUACCUACGUUAUAAGCAAAUCCAAUGAAUACCUGCGACAUUGUACAAUCAUAGUAUUUAAAAUGAGCACAAUAUGUUGAUUUUUAUCGUAUAAAUAUUGUUGACCGACUGCGUUGCUUUUAAACUUAAGUUUAACCAUACCAUAGAGUAAGUUUUCUAAUAAAUGCAUCAUAUGUACUAUGUA